AUGAUGAGAUCUGUAUCUGUAGGUAUAUCUACCCUCCGUAGAUCUACUUACCGGGCUGUUGUGUGGCCUUAUAAUACUCAUCACAUUAUUGUUCAAGCUCGUCUGUUUGUAAACUUACCGAAACCGAUAUCAUUAUUCAAAUCGGAACCGCAAGCUUAUGAAAUCACCAAAGUAAUUACUUCAUGCAAUUCCAAACUCCUUUUCGAGAUUGUGAGUUCAGUGGAUCAAUACCAAACCUUCAUUCCAUUCUUGCAUGAUUCCUUUGUUUCCCAUCGUGAUGAAGUCACGGGUUUACCAUUAGUGGCAGGUUUACGGGUAGGAUGGAAACAAUACGAUGAAAUAUUUAAUUGUAAUAUUAAAACUAUCACAAAUAAACAAGUGAUUGCAGAAAGUGUGAGUGAUGAUCAUGAAGCCAAUUUAAAUACAAGUCGAGAAUCGGUGUUUGAAUUCUUAAGAACCGAAUGGAAUUUUGUCGAUGUCACUCAAAACAAAUGUAAGGUGCAUCUUAAGUUAAACUAUCAAUUCAAGAAUCCGCUAUAUAAUUCGCUCAGUUCACUAUUCAAUCAACAGAUUACCGACAUUAUGAUCAAAGCAUUCGAAUCAAGAGUAAGGGAACUACAACGACAUCAAUGA